ACAACGACAUUUGCCGCGUUUCGGCCGAGUUGGUGAAAAAAGGCAAAUUGACCAUUUUUAUUACUUCACAACCGUGCGAAAAAGCUUUCCCGGGCUUGGGAAACAACGCACAAUCAGUUUGCUGUAGAAAAGUCGCCCGUUGCUAAGCUUCUUCGAGUGUAAAUCAGCGUUUUGGUUGGGUCUCGUUGCGGCUUGGGGUGGAAGGAAGCGGUAGCGUCGUCGUCGUCGUCGGCCGCAGGAUUCAUUUAAAGAACCCGUUCCGGUUUGCAAAGUAUGUAAACAUUGUUGUUUGCUGACUAUUCUCUGCCAAUCCAAUUCUCUCGCUCUGCAACAACACGCGCCGGCUCGGAACGCAACGUUCACGAAAAUCAGUCAAAGAUGUCUCGCUACCCGCACGACGCCAAGGUUUACGUCGGUGAGUUAGGUAACAAUGCCAGCAAACAGGACAUUGAGGAAGCGUUCGGAUAUUACGGUCCGCUGCGCAACGUGUGGGUCGCCCGCAACCCGCCCGGUUUCGCCUUCGUGGAGUUUGAGGAUGCACGGGACGCCGAGGAUGCAGUGCGCGGCCUAGAUGGACGUACCAUUUCCGGCCGCCGGGCCCGGGUGGAGCUAUCGACGGGACGAGGCGGAAGGGGCGGUGGUCGUGGUGGACCACCGCGCGGCGGUGGCAAAGGUGGCCGGUUCCAGUCCGAUGAUCGAUGCUACGAGUGUGGCGGCCGCGGCCACUUUGCACGCGAUUGCGCACGUUCCGGGCGCAGGGGACGCAAAAGAUCGCGCAGCCCACGGUCACGAUCGCGUGAGCUGCGUACACGCUCGCGCAGCUACAGCCGUUCCCGUUCCCGGGAUCGACGCUCUCGGUCCAAGGCAACGCCUAAGCGCGGCGGUGUGGCUAACAACCGGUCACUGAGCCGUGAUGUUAGCAAAACGCCACGCCGCAAUGUAUCCCGCAGCCCAUCGCGUAGCCGUUCCAGGUCGGCCAAACGAUCGAUCACACGCUCACAGUCGCGAUCGGUGUCGAGAUCGCGCUCCCGCCAUCGCAAUGGAGAUCACAACUAAGCGCUAUCGAACUGUAGAACGCCACAAGAACUUUCAGAACAAAAACAAGCAAGCAAGCAACAUCAUUGUGAGGGACGGUUCUAAUUUCUCUCUACUGUAGGUGUGGUAUGAUGACGAGAAAGACAAAAAUAAGAAUGUGUAGCAACUUACUUACUUUAAUCACGGCCAGAGAGGAACGCGAAGAAAUUAUCCGUAUUCUUACCUAACAAUUCAUUCUAAUCGCGCCUUUCGGUGUGUGCAGCGGACUAAACGGUGGUGGUUGAUGCGGACCAACUGUUUACAAAGAUACUCACAAAGCGAGAAGGCAGGUUAAAUAAUGAUGAGAUUAUGACAGGGAAAGCAUACAGGCGACAUUACAAUUAGUACGCACUUUCAGACCACCGAGUAUGUUCGUAACACAGGCGUAGUAACAGCAAAAAACAGGACGGGAGGGUAGAUAUUUUCAACCCUCCACAAAAGCAAACUCUGCAUACCGGCCCGACCGCAUGAAGGGGAGGAGAAGAUCUUUCAUUACUCACUCUGAUACAAAACAAUACACAACAAACAAAUACCAGAUAUAAGGACAUUCUCUAUCAAGCUAACGCGUGUGCGUGUGGAUUUAUUUGCAUUUACUUUCAUUCUAUUACUUUCUUCAAUAUAUUGGGCGCCUAUAUUCUGCGGUGGGAGAGGGUGUGUGCGCAUCGACGAAUUAGGAUACGCGUAGCAUGUGUGUUUGUGUCACUGAUUCUAGGCUGAAUUUUAGUUGCAUGGACAAAGCGUGAACCAAUGUGUCACAGACAACAUUACAGACUCAAUAGUUCCGUUUAUCAAUUGUAUGUUAAACCGAAACGAAGCGAACUUUACGCGGGAAAUGAUCGAAAGCAGGAAACAAACCAGGACGUUCAGUUAACAUUUUCGUAUCCAACACAGCAACGCGGUUAUCCAUCUCCGCUCCCCCAAAAGUACAACAAUGGAGUACGUUUAUAUUUUAUGAUUUGUAAUUACAAUUAAUACCUUUUUUAUUUGUCUCGUGGCGAUUAGAUAAGUGUUAAGCAAAAGAGUGUAUGUGAAUAAAUUUAAAACGAUACUGUCUCGAAAAUGUGCUUGGGGAGAAGAUUAGACGAACGUAUCCGUAAAGCGAA